GACCUCGUCGGGCCAACCCGAGUCCCCCGUACCCGGGUCUUACGUCUCCCCGACUGUGGGCUCUCCUUGCCGAAGAGGCCGCGACGGGGACCGGUGCUGCCGCGCCCGGGCGGCGAUCGCGGAGGACGAGGUGCUCGUGCGGCUGCCGCGGCACCUCGCCUUCGAGACGCCGCCGUCGCGCCCGCAGGGCGUGGCCCCCGAGCUCGUGCGGCUGCUGCAGCCCGUGGCCGAGGAGGGCGGCCCCGGGCAGCCCGCGGGGCGCGGCCUGGCCGUGGCGCUGCUGGUGCACCACGAGCGCAUGCGGGGCGCCGCCUCGGAGUUCGCGGCGUACCUCGACUCGCUGCCAGCAGGCUUCCCCACGAUGCCGCUGCUCGACGAGCGGCCGCCCUGGGGCCUGUCGGACCUGGACGCCGCCGAGGGCGACGGGCCCGAGCUCUACCGCGGCACGGGCGUGGAGCUGCUGGCGAGGGGCGGGAGCGCGCUCGCGGGGCCGAGCGGCGUGGCCAGGAUGCGCGCCCUGAUCGAGCAGCUGGACCCCGAGGGCCUCCACUGGCACCGGGCGCAGCGCGGCUGCGACGCCACGCUGCGGUGGGCCGCGGCGGCGGUGCAGUCGCGGGCACACGCCGCCGAAGAGGGCCGCACGGCGCUGGUGCCGCUCGCGGAUGCCUUCAACCACUCGGCUUCGUGCCCGAACGUGGAACUGGAGCCGCCCUGCGAGCGCGACCCCUUCUUCACGGUGCGGGCCCUCCGCCCGAUCGCCGCGGGCGAAGAACUCUUGCUGAGCUACGGGCCCUUCUCGAACGCCGAGCUGCUCUUCAGCGGCGGCUUCGUGUGCUCCCCCAAUCCGAGCGACUGCGUGCUGGUCUCCAGGGCCGAGCUCGCGGGGGCGGCGCGCGAGCAGUUGCAGGCCCGCGGCCGCCCCGCGCCGCCCGACCUGGACGCGCGUUGCGCGCGGCUGUGGGAGGCGCACUGCCCGGCGGGCGUACGCCUGGGCGCCUCGGCGCCGCUGCUGGGCGGCGCCGUGCCCGGCGGCGUGGUG